GGCAGCUUUCAGGCUUUAGAAUUUCCUGCAGAAUGCAAACAAUAUGAAUUUUCUGGUUGAAUGCUAGUUGCGAUAACCUAACCCUCCUGCCGACGGCGUAGCAGGAGGGUUACGUUAUCGCAGCUAGUUGAAUGCAGCUAGUUGAAUGCAGUACUUAAGCAUUGCACUUCGUUUGUUGUUGACACAUUAUAACUUGUACAACUGUUUGUGUUGAGUGAGUUGGGUCUACUGAGUUUGGUGCCAUGGCGAGUUUGAUCUUCAAAGCUGUCCUCUUCGCAUUUGUUGCACUUUUGUUUCAUCGAAUCCUAAAAGUUGUUAUUGUGAUGGGAUUCCACAGGCAUAUGUUUAAUCAUUACCCGGGUCCGUGUCGCAUCGUUCCUGGCAUAGACGUUGGCUCGGAAGACAUCAUAACUCUGUCCAAUGGAUUGGCGAUAAUAACUUCAGGCAUCUCAAUGAAUGAGGAAGAGGUUUGGUCAAUCCAAGGUCGCAUUUUCACCUUUGACUUUAAGCAACCAGACAUGAAUGUAAAGGAGGUGAACAUCAUUAGUGAGUCUCUCAACAAGACGUUACUGAACCCAAUAGGAAUCAGUGUAUGGGAGGAUCCUGCGACUGAUAAAGUCACUGUCUUUUUGGUGAACCGGGCUCUACCUCCAAUGACGUCAUCUAUCGAAGUUUUUCACUUCGGGCAAAAAUCCAACUCACUGCAUCACACUAAGACAAUCAUCAGCGAGAACAUAUACAGCCCUAAUAAUAUCGUAGCCAUGAGUGCCGACACAUUUUACGUCACCAAUGACGUCCGUUUCGGUCGACUGGCAGCGCUUGAGGUCUACCUGAAUUUGCCCACUGGGACGGUGGCUUAUUACGAUGGUAACGAGGCAGCGGUAGUGGCAACUGGUUUCGUAAUGUCCAACGGAAUCAACCGCUCCCUAAAUCGAAAGUACAUUUACGUUUCCGGGUUAAUGGAUACACAGAUACAUAUUCUAAAGCGAAUGGAGGAUAAUUUUCUUCAACCACUGAAGAAAAUUGCUAUGUACACAUCUGUUGACAACAUCAACGUGGACGAUAAGGGAAACUUGUGGGUGGGGUGCCACUACCUGCCGUAUACCCUCAAGUUAGGAGAUCCCAACAGGUCAACAGGAACUACUCAAGUUUUACGGGUGCAUCUCGACCAGUAUCUGAACCCAUCCGUCAGGGAGGUUUUAGCGGAUGACGGUGGGGUGCUGAGAGGCUCAAGUGUAGCCAGCGUGUACGGAGAGAAAAUGCUCGUUGGGACUGUUACUAGUCAAAUGCUGUACUGUGAACUUCAAGCAUAUUGAAUCUUCAAGCAUAUUGAAUGCUCGCAAAGCAUUUGUAGUCUUUAUUUCAAAACUUUAUCCUUCACUUUUCGAGAUGAAUCUGAAGGUGUCUUCAUUUGGCCUUCAACUGACAGCUUUAUUUUUUUGACAAACGUCUCUGUAGACUCUUAAGAUAAAUACAGGGUGUUUUAAAAAAAAAGUAUACAUUUAGAAAAAUUGUAUCCCAAUUGAUCUUUUUAUAAGUUUACAAAAAUUUGGCACUAAGAAUUGGUGGACCAAGGUCAUAGCUUUUAAAUUUGCUGUUCCGCAUGAAUGAGCACUAGCUAAUUACUUUUGUCAGAUUUUAAUUGGCUUGCGCACAAAAGUGAAAGGAUUUUAACCGAAUCAAACACCUUUGUAGGGAAGGUGGGGUAUGUGCUUUGCUGCUCACAAAUUUUCAAUGAUGUGACAUGACACAAUGUCAAGCUUUGGUAUACAACUGCCAGUCAUCUCUGUGCAUUUCAACAUUAAUGCACUGAAUUAAGUACUUUUGUAACAUGGUUUGUCCACCGUAGACACACCACAACAGAGAUCCUCUCUGGUAUCAGAGUACCAUUAUAAUAACAGCGUCUCUACAAACAUUCGCUGUUCAACACGAGUAACACUUUACAAAAAUGUUGUAAAGUACCAGGCUACUAGGGCAAGUCGGAAUCUGACAAAAAACGAUCUGGCCGACCAAGGACUGGUCGAUCUGCUGCAAACAUCCAAUGUUGCAUUUCUCAUGAUGAUUUCAAUUUGGUCUGCGUCCGAACUUGGUAGGCUCAUGGAGGACUGAGGGUUCAUCCGAUUUCUUAGCAAAUUUGUGAGCAACAAAGCACAUGCCUCACCUUCCCUACUACGGUGUUUGAUUCUGUUAAAAUCCGCCAAUUAAAAUCUGACAAAAGUAAUUAGCUAGUGCUCAUUCAUGCGGAACAGCUGAGGAUCGAUUUGGUAGAAAUUAAAAAGCUAUGACCUUGAUUCACCAAUACUUAGUGUCAGAUUUUUUGGAAACUUAAAAAAAAUCCAUUUUGGGACACAUUUUUCUA